AUGGUGGAGCUCCGCAAGUGGGUGGAUCGAUCGCAGCAGGUCAUGACCUCGAAGCUGGACGCGCUCCUGAAUUCCCAGGUGAUUGCGAAGAGGCCCAUCGUCCGGCGGAAGUUAAAGGGCCCUCGGAAGGAUGCGGAUGCCGACAGGAAGACUCUUUUUUCUGAUGGGGACGCCGAUUCACCAAGUGAGGCGUCGCUCCACUCGCGAAGAAAUUCGCUCGCAGAGAAGUGCACAAGAGCUUGA